GUAUAUAAGUUUGGUGGGACACAGAAAUACUAUGCAUUCAAAGGCAGAAUUUUUUUGAGAGUAGUUAAGUCUAAAACGAUUCGCAAAAUGAAAGUAUUCGGUUUCUUCAUAAUUUUAAUUGUUUCGAUAAUUCUGUCAUCAAAGACUGAGUCUGAGGCAUGUGUAUGGAAGAAUUGGCUUUGUGAUUGGAUCACAGGUAGAAAUAAUAAUGAUGAACCUACUGCACCUUCAUAUACGAAAGAUGAAAAAAUGCAGGGAAUUCGUAACAUUUCAUCCAGUUUUAAUCACUUUCACAUCGAUGUACUUAAGGAUAUGGAUAAAAAAAUAAAUGGGAGUUUUAUCGUAUCGCCAUUUAGUGCAGCAAUGAUACUUAUGAUGUCAGGUUAUGGUGCGAGUGAUGACAAUGCCAAGAAAAUGAACUCCUUGUUACAUUUCGAUACUAACAAUAAUACGUACAAAACAGGCAUAUAUUCGUUGAUUGAAAUGGUUAAUGCACUCAAUCCAAAUAAACUUGAAUUGGCAAAUAAAAUAUACGCUGGAAAAAAUCAAGAAAUCAAAUCGGACUUUAAAAGCUUAGUGAAUAAAACGUUCAAAUCGUCAAUUGAAAAUGUUGAUUUUGGGCUUUCUGAAAGUACAGCGAAGAAAAUAGAUGAUUGGCGUGCAGAAAAAAACCAUCACCGUAUUAGAAAUGUUAUUAAGCCUGAUGAAAUUAGUAAAGAUACAGAACUUUUACUCAUUAAUUCGGUAUAUUUUUCGGCGUUAUGGAAAGAACCCUUUAAUGAAGCAAAUACCAAACUAACGAAGUUUACAAUCAGUGAUGAAGAAUCCGUAGAACAACAAAUUAUGAACAGAAAGAUGGAGCCCACUGCAUCUAACGGAGAUGUUAAGAUUUACACAUUAGACUUAAAGAGGGAUUCCAAUGAUGAUAAUCUCCAAUUCACUAUAAUGAUUUCUGGUAAAGACAUUAAGAAUCCUGUAGAUUUGCCUAAAAUCACAAUUGAGACUACAAUGAAUUUGGAAAAUAAACUUGAUAUAUUAGGAAUUAACUUUUCCAAUAUUACAAAACAAGGCUCUGGACUAAAAAUAAACAAAGUAGUUCAAAAAUUUACAUUAGAAAUUAACGAAUUGGGUAUUGAAGCUGCAAUUCAUAGUGAAGCUUCAUUCGCAAACAAAACAGGAAGUCAUGGGCCACCAUUAAAACAAGUGCCUAUUUUUAAUAAAUACUCGUUCGACUUCGAUAUUUCAUACAAUGAAACUCUUCUUUUCGCUGGACAUGUUGCCAAACAAUAAUUUUUAAACAGUUUAAAAAUUCUUUCAAAAAUUUAUAUGUUUAGUUCAAUAUAUCAACACUUUUAAACAGAAAACCUUACAGAUUUAAAGUUUAAAAAAAAUAACCUUUUUUUGGAUAAUUAAAGACAUGUAUUUUUAAUAAAUCGAAUCAUGAACAAUAUAUGUGAUAAAAUGUGUGCCUAUUUUAGGGGAGGGUGGGGCAGAGCAGCCCUCCUAAGUCGGUUAUUACUUUUUGUGGCUUUCAACCAUAAGAUCACUUUACUUUUGUCCUAUUUCGACCAAAUUUGUGGACAUUUUGCCAAAAUUCUGAAAAAAAAAAUUUUUUUUGUGGGGCAGAGCGGCCCCCCUCCAAAAAGUGAUAAAAAAAUUUUUUUUUUCGUUUUUUUUUUUUUUAAUUGUU